UCCGGUUGCGGCUACUUCCGCUUCCGGGUCGCUGCUGGGGUCGGGCCGGUGCCGGCCUCGGCCCCGCGCAAGAUGGCGGACCUAGAAGCUGUGCUGGCCGACGUGAGCUACCUGAUGGCCAUGGAGAAGAGCCGGGCCGCGCCCGCCGCCCGCGCCAGCAAACGGAUCCUGCUGCCGGAGCCCAGCAUCCGCAGCGUCAUGCAGAAGUAUCUGGAGGACCGGGGCGAGGUGACGUUCGACAAGAUCUUUGCGCAGAAGAUCGGGUACCUGCUGUUCCGGGACUUCGCCCUCAACCAGGCUGAGGAGGCCAAGCCCCUGAUGGAGUUCUACGAAGAGAUCAAGAAGUAUGAGAAGCUGGACUCGGAAGAGGAGCGAGCCACUCAGAGCCGCCACAUCUUUGACCAUUACAUCAUGAAGGAGCUGCUGGCCUGCUCCCACCCAUUCUCCAAGAGUGCCACCGAGCAUGUGCAGAGCCGCCUGAGCAAGAAGCAGGUGCCCCCAGACCUCUUCCAGCCCUACAUCGAGGAGAUCUGCCAGAACCUCCGUGGGAGCAUCUUCCAGAAGUUCAUUGAGAGUGACAAGUUCACACGGUUCUGCCAGUGGAAGAACGUGGAGCUGAACAUCCAUCUCACCAUGAACGACUUCAGUGUUCAUCGCAUCAUCGGCCGCGGUGGCUUUGGGGAAGUCUACGGCUGCCGGAAAGCGGACACAGGCAAAAUGUAUGCCAUGAAGUGCUUGGACAAGAAGCGCAUCAAGAUGAAGCAGGGUGAGACGCUGGCCCUCAACGAGCGCAUCAUGUUGUCCCUUGUCAGCACUGGGGAUUGCCCAUUCAUCGUGGGCAUGUCGUAUGCUUUCCACACACCUGACAAGCUCAGCUUCAUCCUUGACCUAAUGAACGGGGGGGACCUGCACUAUCACCUGUCCCAGCACGGCGUCUUCUCGGAGGCAGAGAUGCGCUUCUAUGCAUCAGAGAUCAUCCUGGGCCUGGAGCACAUGCACAGUCGUUUCGUGGUGUACCGUGACCUUAAGCCAGCAAACAUCCUCCUGGAUGAGUUUGGACACGUCCGUAUCUCGGACCUGGGCCUGGCCUGUGACUUCUCCAAGAAGAAACCCCACGCCAGCGUGGGCACCCACGGCUACAUGGCCCCGGAGGUGCUGCAGAAGGGGGUAGCAUAUGACAGCAGCGCCGACUGGUUUUCACUGGGCUGCAUGCUCUUCAAGCUGCUCCGUGGGCACAGCCCUUUCCGGCAGCACAAGACAAAGGACAAGCAUGAGAUCGAUCGCAUGACCCUCACCAUGGCUGUCGAGCUGCCCGACUCCUUCUCCCCUGAGUUGCGCUCGUUGCUUGAGGGGCUGCUUCAGCGUGACGUCAACCAGCGGCUGGGCUGCAUGGGGCGUGGCGCUCAGGAGGUGAAGGACGAACCCUUCUUCAAAGGCCUGGACUGGCAGAUGGUGUUCCUGCAGAAGUACUCCCCACCUCUCAUCCCGCCCCGAGGUGAGGUGAAUGCAGCUGAUGCCUUUGACAUCGGCUCCUUUGAUGAGGAGGACACAAAGGGCAUCAAGCUGCUGGAGAGUGAUCAGGAGCUGUACCGCAACUUCCCGCUCACCAUCUCGGAGCGCUGGCAGCAGGAGGUGACCGAGACCGUCUUCGACACCGUCAAUGCAGACACAGACAAGCAGGAGGCACGCAAGAAAGCCAAGAACAAGCAGCUGGGCCACGAGGAGGACUACGCCAUGGGCAAGGACUGCAUCGUACACGGGUACAUGUCCAAGCUGGGCAACCCCUUUCUGACACAGUGGCAGCGCCGCUACUUCUACCUCUUCCCCAACCGGCUGGAGUGGCGUGGGGAGGGCGAGUCGCCGUCCCUGCUCACCAUGGAGGAGAUUGACUCAGUGGAGGAGACUCAAGUGAAGGAGCGCAAGUGCAUCCUGCUCCGCAUCCGUGGCGGCAAGCAGUUCGUGCUGCAGUGCGAUAGUGAUCCCGAGCUGGUGCAGUGGCAGAAGGAAUUGCGGGAUGCCCAGCGCCAGGCCCAGCAGCUGCUGCAGCGGGUGCCGCGCAUGCAGAAUAAGCCACGCUCACCUGUGGUGGAGCUCAGCAAAGUGCCCUUCCUGCAGCGCUCUGCCAAUGGGCUCUGACCCUGUGCCCUGCCCCCCCCCUUCCCACCCUACUUCUAAUUUAUUGGGUUGGGUCCCGCUCCUUCUCGGUGUCCCUGAGCAGAGCUCUAGGAGGACGCCUGGUGCCAGUGCCAUCCCCAUGCCCACGGUAGGGCACAGCCAAUGGCAUCACUGUCCCGAAGCAGAGCUGGCGCUGGACAUGCAGCACUGCUCCCUGCUCCCUGAUCCGGCUCAGAUGAAGGCAGUCCCGUGCCCCCCUCCCAUCUGCUGUCCUGCUCCCAGUCCAGUGCCCCCUUCGCCACCCGUGCGUGCCAAAUGGGGCACCACCGGCUCCUUGUGCCCCGUGUGCCCCAGCCCGGCUGUGCCCGUCUGUGGGUGCCAAGUCCUCGGUGUGAAUGACGGUGUGCAUGCGUGCCCAGGGGGCACCCUGUAAAUACUGUGCCAUGGGCCCCCUCCGCACCCCCCGAGCCAGCGGGUGAGCAGGGAGGAGGCAGCUGGAGAGGAGAAGCGGGGACGCAGAGUCUGUGCCCGUCACCCCAGCGCAUGGCACCGAGCGCUGUGCCCCCCGGCUCUCCCAGCUGUGCCCGCUAGCAUCUGUAAAUAUUAGCGGGGGGAGGAGCAGCGGGCAGGGCACGGCUGCGAGUGAGGGUUGAAUGAGCAGAAACGUGAGAAUGCUUAAAAAAAAAGAAAAAGAAAAAAUAAGGGGAAAAAAAAAAAAAA